AUCCACAGUGGUUAAUUAUCCAGCAUCAGUCUGACCUGGAAGUGUGCGUGGUGAGGCGGGCGGUGCCGUGUUUCUACAUCCGGUGUGUUCGAACCUUUCUCGGGCAGCGAAGGCAGACGAACAGCGAAGAAUGGAGAGCGCUGCUAACGACACUCCGCCGUUAGCGUGAAACAUCAGUAACAAGAAGUAACACCGAAAACCUCGCAUUUAAGCUCCAGGCAUUCGUGUACUGUUGGCGUGGCAGACAGACAAGCCGUGUCCGGAUCGUCUGGAUUUAUCACAGCGAAGGUCUUCCACCUUCUCCUUCCUGUGACAGAUGUUGAGGCCAGAGAUCAGCCUGUACGACAACUGUUAGAGGUGACAGGGCGAGGACGGGGGGGACUGUUGGUUUGCUGUACCAGGUUUUGUCUCAUGAGAGUGACUGUGCCAUCCAGGCACCGCCAGUGACCAAGGCUGUGGCUGUGGUGGGCCCGGCCCAGGAGGCCAUUUUGUACAUCACUCUGGGCUCCUGCUGACCUGUGCUGCUCACACCAUGGAUCAACAAAGAGAUAAAUAUGGUGAGCGGCCUGCCAGGAGCACUAAAGUUUCCCAGGGCAGCCGCAGCGGACACUCGUCCCGACCAUCUGGCUCUUCAAGCUCAUCUGGUGUCCUCAUGGUGGGGCCAAAUUUUCGUGUGGGCAAGAAAAUCGGCUGUGGAAACUUUGGUGAAUUGAAGCUUGGUAAAAAUCUCUACACCAACGAGUAUGUAGCUAUUAAACUGGAACCAGUGAAGUCGAGGGCACCACAGUUGCAUUUAGAGUACCGGUUCUACAAAACACUGGGAACCACAGAGGGCGUGCCCCAGGUGUUUUACUUCGGGCCUUGUGGGAAAUACAAUGCCAUGGUUCUGGAGCUGCUGGGCCCAAGUCUAGAAGACCUCUUUGACCUUUGUGACAGGACCUUUUCACUGAAGACUGUCUUAAUGAUAGCGAUUCAGCUGAUUUCUCGAAUGGAGUAUGUGCACUCUAAAAACCUCAUCUAUAGAGAUGUAAAACCUGAAAACUUUCUCAUUGGACGGCAAGGGAACAAAAAGGAACACAUUAUCCACAUCAUUGACUUUGGCCUGGCCAAAGAGUACAUCGACCCCGAGACCAAAAAACACAUUCCAUACCGGGAGCAUAAGAGUCUGACUGGCACUGCCCGAUAUAUGUCCAUCAAUACACAUUUAGGCAAAGAGCAAAGCCGGCGGGAUGACCUGGAGGCCUUAGGCCACAUGUUCAUGUAUUUCCUUCGUGGGAGUCUGCCUUGGCAAGGACUAAAGGCUGACACGUUGAAAGAACGAUACCAGAAGAUUGGCGACACAAAACGAAACACUCCCAUUGAGGUCCUUUGUGAAAACUUCCCAGAGGAGAUGGCCACCUACCUGCGAUAUGUGAGACGGUUGGACUUCUUUGAAAAGCCUGACUAUGAAUAUCUGAGGACUCUGUUCACUGAACUAUUUGAGCGAAAAGGAUACACCUUUGACUACACUUACGACUGGGUUGGCAGGCAGAUACCCACACCAGUGGGGUCUGUCCACAUAGACUCUGGAGCGUCUGCUGUCACGAGAGAGAGCCAUCCUCACAGAGACCGGCCCUCACAGCAUCCACCAAUUAGAAAUCAGACAGCGGUGUCAGAUCGACGAGGAGCAUGGGAGGUGCAGCCCACACGCCAAGCAAACUCCUCCUAUCUGACCUCCCACCUGGCAGCGGACAGGCACGGGGGCUCAGUGCAGGUGGUCAGUUCAACCAACGGGGAGCUGAAUGCAGACGAUCCACUGGCAGCUCAUUCCAACGCUCCGAUUACAGCUCAGGCAGAGGUGGAAGUGGUCGACGAGGCCAACUGCGUGAAAAUGCUCAACCUGUGGUGCUGCUGUUUCUUCAAGCGAAAACGGAAGAAGAACACACAGAGGCACAAAUGAUCAUCCGCCACUGGCCUGAAACGGUCCAAGCGUCCGGCUCAGUUGAUUGUGAUUUCAGAAAUCAAUAAGGUCCCGUUCAGAACAAAAGAGGGAGACAGCUGAAAGAUCUUGAUUGAAUUGUCCUCUGGAGGGACCAGUUGAAAAUGGUUUGUUGAGAUGUACAAGACACUUGUGUCUUUUAAUGGGAGUCCUAUUUUAAAUGUUUCUUUUUGUUUUUCUUUUUUUUUCUUCCUCUAAGACGUGUGGGAAUAUUUUGCAGGCCAGUCGGCCAAACGGGGAAACUAUUCGUUGGAAUUUUGCAGAGGAUAAUCUUGUGUGUUUUUCCUCCCCAAGAUGCCCAGCAUUUGUAUUUGUCUCUCCUCAUUUUUGGCAAUUAUUUUUGCUGUUUCUCUACUGUGGUAUUGCAAAGGAAGAGACGGAUCUUCCUGUGGAAUUUUGCCACCCUCAACCUGUUGCAUUACUAUGAUUUCUUUGUUUGAUUCACAGAAUCAUAUUUUUGUUCCCCCUCUGUCAAGUCCCAGUUCAAAGCGGUUUGCCCAUCGUUAGUUUGCUAACUCAUUUUGACACAAAGCCCCUUUUAGUCGUUUCCUGACGUGGGGCUGAAUGUAAACCUGAACACAUGAGGAGCCAAGAGGGAAACAGAGAGCAUCAGUCUGCCAUUUGGCCCCUGCACUUUUUUUUUUCUCCAAAGAGGUCAACCUUGGCACUGGGACUCCCGGGCCUGAGAGAACAGAAGACCAGAGACGUCUCCUGCACUGUGUUCUCUGAGGAUGAUUUCUGCUCACGCUGCUUGGUUAAAGCUCUCCCCUUAACCACGCUGCUGUCAAACCACACUACAGUCUCUUCUGACUCUCAUGCAGUUUUGCUCCUGUCGGCUUUGUGAUGAUGAGCGGCAACAUGACAUUUGUAGAUGUGGCUGAAAAAAAAAAAGAAGCUAUUUAUGCUAUUUAUCUUUUGGUUGCCACCAGUUUUCUUACUAAUUCUAAAACAUACACACUGAAUGUAUGGACAGAGAAGUUAAAUGACUUUGGAGCAUUCAUAUAAUCGGUUAUGCGCAUGGAAAGGAAAUUACAGUUGAGGAGUUAAGACCAAUGUUUAAAAAAGGAAAAAAUUGAGACCAAAAUUAAGUGGAUUUGUGGGUUGGGAGAGUCUUAAUUGUUCUUAAUAAUGUGAUGGUUAAUAAUGGACUCGACACUGGGGGGGGUGUUGCUUUGGAGCGACAAGAGAAACUGGUGUGAUGUGCUUUGGAGAUUGAAUCACAGCCUCUCGACGCUACUGUCCAAUGCCUUAACCCCAACCAGUUGACCGCCACACCACGCCAAGCCACGCCAUGCCACGACACACCACACCACCCAUUGGAUAAACAAGUAGGCAGCAUGAGGGGUCACCUGUAUAAUAAAGCCCGACGUUGCAGACUGUUCCCAGCUAGUAUCAGAGCAGUUAAAGACUUCCCGUGUAACAGUGAUGAUGUAUUCUUAAGAGAGCAAAUGCCAAAUGUAAGGUUUGGUGUAAUAAUCUGUAAUGGUGUUAAGACAUUUGUGCCCCCUGCGUGUCCAGUCUGAAGACCCCCUGUGCUGCAAAGCGAUGUUUGAUGUUUGGGUCCCUCUACUCGAUGUCGAGAGAGAGAAAACCUUAUGUCACCUUGAGGGUAGAUAAGAACAUGUCCAUACCUUUUUUUUCUUUGUUUGUUUUUUACAUUUUCAUUUAGUGUCAUGGAGGACUGCCUUGAAACAAUAUCCUCGAUAACGUCACCUUGCCUAUCCUCCUAACAGAGAGUGAAUUACCGUACAUAGUUGUUUUAUUUUUUUAUUUUAUAUCUUGCUAAUGUGAAUUAUUUUGAAUGCAAUUUUUUGUUUUUGUUUUUCCAUUCCAAAUAGCCAUGGUUUUAUGGGGAAAGAGAGGGUAACAAAAACAAAACAAAAAGGAAAAAAAAAAGCUCAAAACCAUGACUGCACUACAUUUGUUGACCCCGGCUUUCCCUGACAAGACCCUGCCUUCUUAAUACUGUACUUUAAACGUGCUUAUUACUUUAAUUGUAGCUGCCUCAUGUGCUAGGCCUUCCCUAUAGGGUGCAGGGAAUACACUUUAAAUUGAUUUUAUCCCCUGCCCACUCCUUUUUUGUGUGUGUGUGUGUGUGUGUGCGCCAUGACACGCUCCUCUCACCCCCUUCUCUCUGCACAUACACACAUAAACACACACUCAUGCAAGUCCUAGAUGAAUCGACUCUCUGCAGAGUGUUCGACUUUGGCGUUUUGUGGACCUGCUCCAUCUUUAGAAAUACAAUGUUGUAGAUGUUUGCGAACUAUCUCAAUGAAUCAGUAUGUAAACCUGCUUGUUGCGUGUAUUUACACUGUAUAGCUUUUGGUUUAUUCUUACCCCUGACAUGUCAGUUAGUCCAGGGUCUAAGUUAUUGUGUUAUUGAAAGUACUUGAAUAUGAAAAUCUAUGGGACCUUUUCUUCUUUUUUUUUCUCUUUUUUUUUUUUGUUUUGUUUUGUUUUUUUUGUUUUUUUUUUUUUUCUUGGUCAUUAUUAUCUUAAUAAUUACACACAUAGGAUUUGAGGGGAAUGGUGGGAAAACAGGCUAUUUGAAUGACAGAUAUUCAUUUCUUUGAAGAUGUCUUAGUGCCUCUCGAGUGUGUUGGACAGGUGACAUUUGUCAGACUCACCUGUGGAGUCCUGUGCUGGCUGGUGUAAAUGACCAGAUGAGGCUUGGGGUCAUUAGCUUUACCCAGGAGAAGGUGCAGUUAGAUGCUGGUUUGGAGGUUUAAAUCACUUUUUUAUGUUGCUGUUGUCUCUGUGAAACAUUCGUUGUAAUGUAUUUUUAUCUGGUGAGGGUCAAUCCCCCAUUUUUUCAGACACCAAACCUGUGACAUCUGCUGCCUGUGAUUCUCUGCCCGUCCCCCCUGCAAAGCAUCAGCAGCACCUGGAUUAUUUCUUAUUCCAGCUGCCUGGAGAAAAGUUUGAAAGUAUUCCUGUGUAGUGAGAUGAAUAUCAAGACUAUACAGCCUUCAGUGUUUUCCCCACUUAAUUCCCCGAGUGCCAUUCCUGAGACUACUACUACUACUACUAGCCCAUGCCUUUUACCUGUGCCAGAAAAAUAUGAAGUUGAAUGUUUUUUGACGCAUUGCAUUCCACCUCGUGUCCUUGACGUGUCUCCACUGUCAUUUUUGGAAAAAUCGCAGAGCAACGCAGCUCGAUUUUUUUUUUUUUUUAAAGCACCAGGAAGUGUUGGAGACUGUCUGUUCAAGUGUUUUUAUGAGUCAUUUCUGUUGGUUUCUUUCUUUCCUUUUUAAUGUCUUAACUGAAAAGAAACUGACCAAGUUUAUUAUUUCAGAGCUGAAUUUUGUGACCGGUUGUCGUCAAACAUCUGCUUCUUCCUCAAACUGUGAGUCGCCUCACUCUCUAGCUCACGCUGAAAUGGUAGAUAUAGGCAUAUUACUCUGAUGUAUUUACUUUUUACUCUCUGGGCCUCGUACAGAGCGAUAUAGGAGGAACUCUUUACGACUUCUAUCUUGCAUGGCUUUUCUGGAGACGACAACGAUCGGUCUCUUAUUUCCUCUCCUGUAGGGCUCAUAUACUGUUGAGGUCACCGAGACGUUAUGGCUUCCAGUCCCCAUGUAAAAUAAGUAACGUUUUUCAUGUCUUCUCACAGCACAUUCCAUUUCAGUUCCCAUUAUUUCUCAUACAGUUCACUUCAGUCAAAUCAGUGUUUAUGGCUUCGGUUACGUGUAACUCAUUCCUGUGUCAAAGCUGUGUAAAUCAAAGCAAAGGACAGUUAAAGUGUGAAUGAAUGGCUUUGGUCUUUUUUGGGUUCUCUGGCACUUUUUCCUUGUUGCUGUACUGUAGAAUUGUCUUGGACUUACUGUAUAUUUUUCUUUGAGGGAGAGGUUUAGGGUGACAUUUACUGCAAUAUUGUGAUGAUUAUUUGAAAAUUGUAAAUUGUACAGUGUUCACAAUUGUAGUCUUUGUUUUUUCUGUUGGGAUUCCAUAUAAAAGAUGUAUUCUUUGAUUUUUUUUUUCCCUCUCAGACUGUGGAAAAUCAAUUUGUACAGCUCCAAGAGUUUAUCCUCCCCUCAGUUGUUUUUUUUUUUUUUUUUUUUUCAGAGAUAUGAUAAGAGAAAUCUUAAAACUGUAAAUAAAUAUUAUUGUGUUGAAAUAUGAAUGUCACUUCAAAAAUGUAUUUGAAUGAGUUAGUCAAGGGCUUCAAGAAUGAAGGACCCACAUUUCUUCUUUUUAUGGUUUCAUAUUUUUAAUUUGCAGAAAGGUAAAGGUCCGUUUUAUCUGAGAUGCCUGUUUUUUUUUUUUUUUUCUCCUCCUCGAAUUCAUAUAAUACAAUGUGUCACACAUGAACCUUAUGAAAAUCACUUUUUAUUCCCUCCACACCUAAAGGGAAACUCCAGUUUGCACCCUUUUUUAUGUAAAAUAAAAGAUCUCUCCACCUUG